GCCUAGAGCUUUAAAAGCCGGUUUAAACUCUCCUCUGGAGUUGUUUUUGCGCGAGGGGAGGGGGGAGACCCGUGAGUGCAUUCUGGAGGGAUUUUAUUGCCUUGCACACCCUGAGCCAUCAAUAUCCAGGCAAAAUGGGGUGGUGUCUUGCAAUAAGGCUCUUCCUUGUUGCCUUUCUGCUUCCUCAAGCGUGGCUUCAGUUUCUUCCUACAACAGGUCAGGUAGAAGUGGAAUGUCUGGGUAGUUUGGCCAGACUCAAACUGAAUUCGGACUAUUUCCAGAACAAAUACAUCAGCUUUUCUGCAAUUGACAAGUUUGGCAGGCCUUGGCUGAUAGAUGAAGUCCAGGCUACAAGAUGUGGAUACACCAUCUUCCGGGACGUCUGGGGAAACAUUGAGCUCCGGGCCUCCCUGCUGGGCUGUUAUGCUCAGACGGUGGAUGACCAACAUUUCACUCUGAACAUACAAAUCAUGGCAGGAAUGAAUCCGGAGAUGCGUGGUGCUGUCGUGCUCAAUGUCCCAGUGAGCUGUUCCUAUGGCCCUUGGCAACCUAGAGAGAUCGUCUGUGAGACAAACUAUAUGGAGGUCUCUGUUAGAAUGGAUGUACCACCAAUCCCAGAUGGCUUUCUUCAAGACCAGCCUGAUGACUGGGAAUCUGCCUUUCCAGAAGUCCAAGCAGGCAGCCCCUCUAUUUGGCAAGUUGUCUUUCACAUGGACAGUGGCAAGAAAACCAUGCUGGUUGAUAAGGCUCAUGCUGUUGGUUACGGGAUCAACACAACAGACACGCGAAUUGUGUUGAGGUCUUCCUACAAUACAACAGAAGCUCAGAAGUUGGAGGUCAAUGGGGUUCCUUUCUCCUCAGUGAGAUCAAGUACCUACUACAAGCAGCGUUGGAUGCUUUUGAUGGUGGACACAGCUGUGGCCUGUCCUCUAGAUGGCAUGAUCUAUACAAAAGAGACCAUCAUCUGGACUAUUCCAAAAGACAUCACUCCCCUCCUGGCAGGGGUUGGCACCAUCAAAGAGCUGAAAGUGGAAAUGGGCAUCAACAUGAACACGAUUUCCAAGCAGAACAGAGAUCGUUGGGGUUACUCACUGGAAAGUGACAAGGAUGCCAUUGUGGUAAAGAUCCCUAUGGGAGCACCUCAUGGUAACUAUAAGAGCGAUGUUGUUGCUGGGAAACUGAUGAGUUCCUACAAAAUCAGCCCCUUCGUAGAGUAUCUGUGGGAAGAUAACAAGAGGGGUGUCACAAAGCACACCAUCUUGAAGGAGAUCAACACCCCUCUGCAGCUUGUGCCAGUGACAGUUACAGACUACACAAACGUCAGUAUCCAGCUCUUUAAUGUAACGAUUGGGACCUUCUUACCAGAUGUAGAGCUGGUCAGCCUGACAGUGGAUGAAUCGGGGCCAUUGCCCCUUCCAGAGGCUGAGAAGAAGGGCUAUAAGAUCUAUGAAAUCAAGCAUCCUAAUGGCAGCAAAGGUUACAUGCUGCAAGUCCCCUUUGAUACACCUGGAAUUCAGAAGGAGUAUGUGUCAGAUAACAUCAGAAACUACAGCAAAACACCCAUAUUGGGAUUCAUUGUGAUUCCCCAAGGCAAGCCCUGUGACAUCCUGGUCCCUUUGGUGGCUCUUGUCAAGGAUGCAGUGCUGCCUCAAGCUGAGGGGUUCUGCGAUGACCAAGCACUCUAUUUAGUGAUGAAACGUGGGAACGUUGACCAGGACUGGCUGCCUUAUGUGAAGGACACACUCCUAAGCCAAGAAACAGCCCAGAGCCUCGGCUAUAGAAUACACGAUAAUCAAACCCACUUGGCCUUGAGAGUCCCCUGGCAUGCUGCACAUGUUCUGUAUGAGGAAGUAGGCCCUCUUGGGAUCGUGGCCACCUUCCAGUUGCUGUUGAAGGACCGUCUUGCUCAAACUGAAAUGAUGGAUUUUGUCGUUUCCUGCAUCUUCUCUUCCAAAGAUCUCAUUGAUUGCCGUCCGAAUGGCACCAUGUUGAUUUCUGCUGUGAAGCUGGUUGGCAUCCCAGAUAUGGAUCUCUCUGGUCUGGUCCUGAAAGAUAAGCGUUGCAGGCCAGCCUCAGUGACCAAAGAAGGGGCGACCUUCAUCUUUGAUGUGAGCUCCUGUGGGACUACUCGCAAGUUUGAAAACGCCACCAUGACCUAUGAGAAUGAAGUCCUGUAUUUCCUCCCUGGCCAAGCGACACCUGUUUAUCAGUUGAAAUGUGCUUGUCAGUAUUUCAUCGAAGAUGCCGUGUUGCUCCAGUAUACCCCAAUAGAAGCUCCAUCACCAAGCAUCCUGCCGGGGGUUGGCUUGCUGGCGCUUGCUCUUAAAUUGGCAAGAGACAAAUCCUACGUUGACUUCUUCCAAGACUCAGAGUAUCCGGUGACGCGAUACCUUAGAGACCCUCUCCACUUCCAGGUGGAGCUUCUCCAGAGUCAGGAUCCUCAGCUGGAACUUUUCCUGGAAGAUUGCUGGGCCACAGCAGCAGCAGACAGAAACAGUUAUCCACAGUGGAACAUAGUGGUGGACAGCUGUGAAAACUCAGAAGACUCACAUCAGACCACAUUCCAUGGCGUCCCCACCGGCUCUGUCCCGUUCCCUACACACCUGAAGCGCUUUGAAGUAAAAAUGUUUACAUUUGUGGUAAACAGUCGCGCUCUUCAAGGACAGGUAUACUUCCACUGCACCGUGGUAAUCUGUGAUUCCAGCUAUCCGUCCUAUGAUGCCCUCUGUUCUAGGCGCUGUAUUCCCAGGAGGCAGCGAAUAGGCCGUAGCACUGAUUCCACCAGUGAUUUGCAUGGAUAUGUAUCAUCAGGAGCAAUUGUGAUUGGAAGGAGGAAUCAUACUUGACUGAGGGAACAUUAUAGCUGCAGAUAUUUGUCUCUGUGCAAUAAAAACCUGUAAUAGA